GGUCCGGGCGGCGCCGACGCACUUGGCGGGAGAUAGGAAAGUGGUUCUGUGCACUCCCGAGGCAGCUGCAGUUCCUGAGAGCGCGCGACAAGACCUACAGACACGCAGACGCCUCAGAGCGCCGCCUGGGGCCGGGAGCGGCCGGAGCAGCCGGAGUCCUGACCCCGGCCCGGCUCCCGCUCCGGGCUCGGCCGGCGGGCGUGAGGGCGCGGCGCGGCCCGGGCCGGGGGGAUGUCUCGGCGGACGCGCUGUGAGGAGCUGGAGGAGUUGCACUACCAGGACACAGACUCGGACCUUCUGGAGCCCAGAGACAGCAAGUGCAAGGUCAAAUGGACCCAUGAGGAGGAUGAGCAGCUGAAGGCCCUGGUGAGGCAGUUUGGACAGCAAGACUGGAAGUUCCUGGCCAGCCACUUUCCUAACCGCACAGACCAACAAUGCCAGUAUCGGUGGCUGAGGGUUUUGAAUCCAGAUCUUGUUAAGGGACCAUGGACCAAAGAGGAAGAUCAGAAGGUCAUUGAGCUGGUCAAGAAGUAUGGCACGAAACAGUGGACACUGAUUGCCAAGCACCUGAAGGGCCGGCUGGGGAAGCAGUGCCGUGAGCGCUGGCACAAUCACCUCAACCCUGAGGUGAAAAAGUCCUGCUGGACCGAGGAGGAAGAUCGCAUAAUCUGUGAGGCCCAUAAAGUGCUGGGCAACCGCUGGGCUGAGAUUGCCAAAAUGCUGCCAGGGAGGACCGACAAUGCUGUUAAGAAUCACUGGAACUCCACCAUCAAGAGGAAAGUAGACACCGGAGGCUUCCCAAGCGAGUCCAGAGACUGCAAGCCUGUCUACCUGCUUUUGGAACUUGAGGACAAGGACCGCCACCAGAGUGCCCAGCCCCUGGAAGGCCAGGGAAGUCUUAUGACCGGCUGGCCCCUGGCGCCCUCUACUGUGAAGGAGGAGGAGAGCAGUGAGGAGGAGGCUGCAGCAGCGGCUACUUCUGCUGCUAAAGAGCUUGAACAUGAGCCUGUCCCUACGGAUCUGGGAGAAGUGCACACCCCACAGUCCCUGGAAUCCCUCAAGCGUGAAUAUCAGGAGGACUCCUCGCCAGAAACCAGCUUGCCCUACAAAUGGGUGGUAGAGGCAGCAAACCUCCUCAUCCCUGCUGUGGGGUCCAGUCUCUCUGAAGCCCUGGACUUGAUUGAGUCGGACCCUGAUGCUUGGUGUGACCUGAGUAAAUUUGAUCUUCCUGAAGAACCGUCUGCUGAGGGCAGUGUCAACAGCAGCCCCGUGCAGCCCCAGACAUCACAGCAGCAGCAACAGGCAGUGUCAUCCCGCCAGAGCACCACACCAGGGCCCAGCAUGACUGAGUAUCGACUCGAUGGCCACACUAUUUCAGACCUGAGCCGGAGCAGCCGGGGGGAGCUGAUCCCCAUUUCCCCCAGCACUGAGGUUGGGGGCUCAGGCAUUGGCACGCCACCUUCAGUGCUCAAGCGACAGAAGAAGCGGCGUGUGGCCCUAUCGCCUGUCACAGAAAACAGUGCCAGCCUGUCUUUCCUGGACUCCUGUAACAGUCUUACCCCGAAGAGCACACCUGUCAAAGCCCUUCCCUUCUCUCCUUCCCAGUUUCUGAACUUCUGGAACAAACAGGAUACCCUGGAGCUGGAGAGCCCCUCGCUGACAUCCACUCCAGUGUGCAGCCAGAAGGUGGUGGUCACCACACCCUUGCACAGGGAUAAGACACCCCUCCACCAGAAGUAUCCAUCGUUUGUAACCCCAGAUCAGAAGUACUCCAUGGACAACACUCCCCACACGCCAACCCCAUUCAAGAAUGCCCUGGAGAAGUACGGACCACUGAAGCCUCUGCCCCAGACUCCACACCUGGAAGAGGACUUGAAGGAAGUGCUACGUUCUGAGGCUGGCAUUGAGCUCAUUGUUGAGGAUGAUGUGAGGCCUGAGAAGCAGAAGCGAAAGCCUGGGUUGCGGCGAAGCCCUAUCAAGAAAGUCCGAAAGUCUCUGGCUCUUGACAUUGUGGAUGAAGAUGGGAAGCUGAUGUCCACACUGCCCAAAACACUGUCCUUGCCAACAAGUGUCCCAUCCAGCUCCUCUAGCUUGACCCUGCCAGGUAUCAAAGAGGAUAACAGCCUGCUCAACCAGGGGUUCCUGCAGGCCACCCUGCCAGGUACCAAAGAGGAUAACAGCCUGCUCAACCAGGGGUUCCUGCAGGCCAAGCCUGAGAAGGUGGUGGUCACCCACAAGUCUCGGAGCCACAUUCCUGCCCCUGCCCCUAUGACCAGCGCCUGGAAGAUGGUGGCCUGUGGGGGCACCAAAGACCAGCUCUUCAUGCAAGAGAAAGCCCGGCAGCUCCUGGGCCGUUUGAAGCCCAGUCACACAUCUCGGACCCUCAUUCUGUCCUGAAGGGGCUUGGAAGGCACAAGCCUGUUCUCAUGUUUACAGAGGCUAGGGUGGGGGGGGUGAGGUGUGCAUUGAAAUUGCAUUCAGGUGAUCAGCGUCAGGAAGUCGUCUGCUGCCAGCCCCUCAGACUACUCAGGUGGCAGUAGAAGUAGCACACUAUAUCCUGUCCCCGGGUCUAGCUUUGGGAUGUUCCUGGUGCUAACAGAACAAAGUCCCACUCCUGGGCCUGUGUGUCCUGUCCCCAAUGCCUCAAGGAGCCCUGCUAGUUUCUCCCAAGCUCCCUUCUGGCCUGGCCUCAUCUCAGACCCCUGCUUAGGAUAGGGGGCGUGGCUAGGAGUGUUCCUUUUCUCAUCCCCUGUUGGUACAUUCUCUCCACAAUAAAAUGCCAUUCUCCCUAUGCA